GGUUAGAUUGUGCCGAGCAUUACCUCGCCUGUCCUCUCUCUGUCUCUUACAAUAUAUUCAUCCGGAGAACAGGUGCGCGGAAAGACGUAUGUCGCAGUGGCCGCUUAUCCGCUAAAACGGGAGGGAGGGAAAAUCCGCGGAGGCAACUUCGCGUCGACUGCGGGACAAAUCAUACCAGGGAGUCCGCACAGGUACCACGAUGAGCGGCUUCACCGGACGGACGGUAUCACGCUGGAUGGUGGACCGCUCUGCGCCGAGAUGGACUCUAACUUAGGUGGCAUUUCUGAGACACUGCGUGCUUUUGAUUCACGGUCAGUUCACCCGCUCCGUCUUAAACCGUUAAUUAUUUGUACGGUUUUGGUCAUGGCUGUUGUCCACGUUCAACACGUUGCCUGAGCGCGAGGCUGGAGCAGGUCACUGGUUCACUACAUGCACUGUUUAGGAUGACGCCUCCUGGUCAAACCUGCUCGGUCUCGUCCCGGUUUCCUCGCCCCGUCUGCAGAGUUCAAACACCUCACCCGGAGCCCCGGCGCCCCUGAGCGCACGCUGUCAAACCUCCUUGCUCGGCUGCCCCGGCUGACACAUCGCAGAGGUGAUGCGGCGGUUUGUCUACUGCAAGGUGGUGCUGACCACGUCUUUAGUGUGGGUGCUGGUGGAUGUGUUCCUGCUGCUGUACUUCAGCGAGUGCAACAAAUGCGAUGACAGAAAGGACCGCUCGCUGCUCCCUGCCCUCCGAGCAGUGAUGUCUCGGAGCCACGAGGGUCCAGGCGAGAUGGGCAAGGCGGUGAACAUCCCCAAGGACGACCAGGAGAAAAUGAAGGAGCUCUUUAAGAUUAACCAGUUCAACCUGAUGGCCAGUGACAUGAUCGCACUCAACAGGAGCCUGCCGGACGUGAGGCUGGACGGCUGUAAGACCAAGGUGUACUCAGACGACCUGCCCAACACCAGCAUCGUCAUCGUGUUUCACAACGAGGCAUGGAGCACCCUGCUGCGGACUGUUCACAGUGUCGUCAACCGCUCUCCCAGACACUUACUAGUGGAAGUUGUGCUAGUCGACGACGCCAGCGAGAGAGAUUUCCUGAAGAAGAAGCUGGAGAACUACGUGCGGACUCUGGACGUGCCAGUGCGGAUCCUGAGGAUGGAGCAGCGGUCGGGUCUGAUCAGAGCCAGGCUGAGGGGGGCGGCGGCCACCACGGGUCAAGUCAUCACCUUCCUGGACGCUCACUGCGAGUGCACGGUCGGUUGGCUGGAGCCGCUCCUGGCUCGCAUCAAAGAGGACAGGACAGCAGUGGUGUGCCCUAUCAUAGAUGUCAUCAGUGAUGAGACGUUCGAGUACAUGGCCGGCUCAGACAUGACGUACGGAGGAUUCAACUGGAAGCUGAAUUUCCGAUGGUACCCUGUUCCCCAGAGGGAGAUGGAUCGACGCAAGGGGGACAGAACACUUCCUGUCAGGACCCCCACCAUGGCAGGUGGAUUAUUCUCCAUCGACAAAUCGUAUUUUGAAGAAAUUGGAAGCUACGAUCCAGGGAUGGAUAUCUGGGGCGGAGAGAACCUGGAAAUGUCUUUCAGAAUCUGGCAGUGUGGUGGCUCCUUGGAAAUUGUAACGUGUUCACAUGUGGGCCAUGUUUUCCGGAAGGCCACCCCGUACAGCUUCCCUGGAGGAACGGGCCAAGUCAUCAACAAGAACAACAGGCGCCUGGCCGAAGUCUGGAUGGACGAUUUCAAAGACUUCUUCUACAUCAUAUCUCCAGGCGUGAUGCGGGUGGACUACGGAGACGUCUCCUCCCGUAAAGCCCUCCGCGAGGCCUUGAAAUGCAAACCCUUUUCCUGGUACCUAGAGAACGUCUACCCGGACUCCCAGAUCCCGAGAAGAUACUAUUCACUUGGUGAAAUCAGAAAUGUCGAGACCAACCAAUGUGUGGACAACAUGGGGAGAAAGGAGAACGAGAAGGUCGGCUUUUUCAACUGUCACGGCAUGGGUGGAAACCAGGUGUUCUCAUACACAGCAGAUAAAGAAAUCCGGACAGACGACCUCUGUUUAGACGUCUCCCGUCUCAACGGACCCGUCGUCAUGCUCAAGUGUCACCACAUGAAGGGAAAUCAGAUGUUUGAGUACGAUGCCGAGCGGCUCACUCUGCUGCACGUGAACAGCAACCAGUGCUUGGACAUGCCGACCGAGGAGGACAAGAUGGUGCCCACCCUGAGAGACUGCAACGGCAGCCGCUCUCAGCAGUGGCUGCUCCGUAACAUGACCCUGAGCGUCUGAUCCCUCACCUCGCCGCUCCCCUCCUCCCGCUCCGUCCUCCUCCAAACAGUCCUGGCUCUCCGCACCCUCACCAGGUGGCUCUUAUCACACACACAUCACACGCCUCUCCCCAUGAAAGCCCGGCCAGCAAACACAAAGAUCCGGGCGAGCAGCGGCUUAUCUCCCAUUAUGGAGGCGUCUCUCCUUACAGCUCGCCGCAGGUUUGAGAGAGGCUGCACCUGCCGUUCCCGACGUGACACGACGAGCCGUAGCUUUGGGGACCUCUUUUUGUCCGGGCCGGGAGAACAGUGCGUUGGGGUUUGCGCACGGAGGACGCAGAUACGAAAGAAAGUCGGACUGUGUCAGAUAAGGGGUUAGCCACGCAUCCGCUGUGCUGCUCAGACUCGUAGAGAUUGCAAUUAAACAGAGUAGCCUUGAUGAUACGGUAGACACGUUACUGCGGUGGCCUGAAGUGUUCCCGUACACCGUGUCCCGGCGUGUGCAUUUGUGGGUCAACAGUAGGUAAAAACAAGACAGCUGGUUUUGCUGCUCAUCUUCUUUCCAUAUCAGUGUCUGGUUCAUUUCGAACAAGAGGAAAGUUACAUUUGGUAAGUGAACCAAACCAAAUCCGGAUAGCGAGACAACAUUUAUAAGCUAUAACGAUACUGCAGCUUCAGACGUACAGUAUAUUUUUUAUUUUGUAAAAGCGGAACUUAUUUCUGGAAACUCUGUCUACACUUCAAGAUUCUCUUUGGGCGUUGGCCCAUGGCACUCAACGGAGGACGUUGUAGCCCUGUGCAACCCUGUGCUAACAUCGAUACACUGGUUCAUCUUCCGUAACAAGCUCACACACUGUAGCAUCAGAGAUUUAAGACAAAGGCCUUUGUUUUCUCUCUUUAGUGACUCUCAUGCUGUUAAGUUUUUUUUUUUUUUUUAGGCUGACAAACUUCCAAAGAGAAACUGGCCGACCAAUCAAACAGCACCAGUUCAUAUAUAAAACAAAAACAACAACAACAAAAAAAAAUCCUCUCACCUAAACAGGAGUUGCAGUUUUACAGGCAUCUAUUACAUUUGUUUAUUGGGGAUUUGAAAAUGUCAUACCCUUUGUGUUUAAGGUUUUAUAUUAAAAAGAUGUAGUGGAGACACCGUUUUUAAAUUACCUCAAACAUAUCUUUCAAAUUCUACCACUAAAUUUCCUUGUUAUUAUGUUGGUUGCCUUGAGGUCUUUGGGUAAAAAUAAUACGAGCUUAGCGUAUUAUUAGCAUAUUGGACUUAACUGUUCCAUAGUGUAAUUUAUUCAUUAACUAUUGAUUGACGAGGGAAAAGUAAUUGGUGGUUAACUGGGAAUUCUCCUCUGAGUACAUAUUGUCUGAUUCAGUUCUAAUGAAUGUAACGCGUAGAUAUGGAGAACCACUCUGUACUAUCACGACUAUCUGCAAAAGUGAUUACUGAAACUCCCUUAGUUCUUUAUCAGCUUCAAAAAUUCAGCUUCGGAUUCUACUGGGACAAUCUUGAGAAAUCACAGCGUCUUAGAGCGGGAUGUGUGCCUUUAGAAAAUAGUUUUGUGUUCGGUCCAUCGGUUUUCAGGAUGAUUGAAUCAGCGCGUUGUUGGAAAAGAAGAAUAUUUCCACUCCCGACGCUCUGCAGCGUCCUGAUGAAAUCAUCGUCAUAUCUCUCAGAUACGUCACAGCCAUAUUAAUGCUGGAUUAGACAUUCAGUGGGUCAAUAUUUAGUGUCCACUCAACCGUGACAGGCACUUUUCACUUACGGGAUCAGACGACCAAUGUACAAAAACGGCUGUCAACGUGUGUUUCUAGCGCCGUUCCUGUUGUACAUACAGAACCAGUUAUUUUUCUAAGAUGCUGUUAAACUUGAACACUCCUCAGUGAAAAAGACAUUGAAUGAUGAAAAGAUCAUGGGUUACUGCAGUGUUUCCUUUUUUUUUUCUUUUUUUAUUCAAGGUAAUAAAAAACAGUGCUUACCUUGGGUUACGAAAUUGCGGUGUGUUUUGGAAAUCAUCGCCGGUCCCACAAAACCAAUUCUCACACUACCUAAAGGACCUUAGGUUGAGCGCACGCGAGGGAGUGAAAUACUAUCAAUGCUGCUUGAAAACUGAAUCCUCGCCAAGCACCUGCUUGGCAUUCAGAUUAAAAUUCAAUGACCUCUUUGAUAUUACGCGCACACAUUUAUUGUUUUUCAUUAUCCGAAAGUGCAUGGUGUUAAAAUAGGAAUGUAAUGUUUCAAUGUGCUGGUUGCAAAGUGAUGUUACCUGUUUGUACGUUUUUUUUUUUUCUUUUCUUUUCUUUUUGUAGAAAAAAAAAAUAAAUAAAACUUCUACUGAGCAUUAA